AUGGACAGCCCGAUGGAUGGGUCCGGUGGCUCAUCUUCCGCGCCGGGGUCGACGCCGACGGCUGCCGCAACGACGCCCGGUGCCGGCACCGUUCCCUGCGUUGCGAUGCCCAGGGGCUCCAUUUCGGCGGCCUUGGCGGCCUCUACGUCGACGAUUAUUGCCGCGACGACGACGGCGCCGGCAGCGACGGCAGCUGGGGGUGCAGGCACGCCUCGCGCUGCCAUCGCCAACACCGGGGCGGCCGUCGUCUCACGGCGGUCUCACCCCAAAUCAAGGACGGGGUGUAGGACGUGUAAAACCCGGAAGAUCAAGUGUGACGAGCAUAAACCCUCCUGCCGAAACUGCAUCAAACACGCCGUCCCCUGCGACUUUCUUCAAUCCCAACGCCACUCGUCGUCCUCGAUCCCGCGAUCCCCGGACAGCGCCCCUUCUUCCGGCGGCCCUGACAACGGCUACAGCUUCGGCGGUGGGCUGGGCGGCGGCUUUGGCAGCCACGGCGGCGGCGUCGAUGACCUCUCGCUGAACCUAAUCGACCUGGAGCUCAUGCACAACUUCACGACCUUUGCGUUCAACACGCUGUCGACGGACCCCGUGGUGCGGCAGAUGUGGAAGGUGCCCGUGGUGAGGCUGGCACUCGAGUGCGACUACGUGAUGCGUGCGCUGCUGAGCGUGUCGGCGCUGCACCUUGCCCACAACCGGCCCGAGAAGCGCGAUUUUUUCAUCAGCCGCGCACUGACGUAUCAUCAGAUGGCGAGUCGGACAGCCAUGGGUCUGAUGGGAUCCUUGGAUGCGGAUAAUUGCGAGAAGCUGUAUUUGUUUUCCGUCUUGACCAUUUUCUUUGCCCUCGCGUGUCCGCGCAAAUCUUCAGACUCCCUCAUCAUGGGCGAAUCAUCCUUCCCGGACUGGAUGUUCCUCCUCCGCGGCACGAGGUCCAUCCUUAAGGUGCUCCAGCCGCAGGUCUACACCGGCGCGCUGCUUCCCAUGUUCAACCACGGCCGCGAGCGCUUUAUGCACUCGCGCGACGAGUCCAAGAUCCAGCCAGAGCUGCUGGCUGACCUACAACGGCUCGUGAACAAGACGUGCGCCGACCCGGUCCUGCUGCCAGUCUACAACCACGCCAUUGACGAGCUGCGACGCACGCUGUCGGUUUUCCUGUGGGACGGCGGGCGGGGUAUGGACAUCACAGAUGCGUUCCUGUGGAAGUACCUCAUGGCAGAGGACUUUCUGCCGCUGCUCAAGAGCCCCGGCGAGACGCAGGAGGCCGUCGCUAUCUUUUCGCACUUUUGCAUCCUACUCAAGAGGCUGGAGAACGAAUGGUGGCUGCAGGGGUGGGCCACGCACCUGAUCAGCCGGGCAUGGGACAUGUUGGACCAGGACCACCGGCUUUGGAUUCAGUGGCCUAUCGAGGAGUUGGGAUGGGUGCCGCCCUGA